AUGACGCCCACCUCGAGCAUUCAGCCAGUCGUACGGCUCAGCUUGGUCCUGGCCUCCUGCCUGCUGUCCGUCACCUGCACGGCCCCGCCCUUCCCGAAGGACCUGGAGCCCAUCAACGUCGUCACCAGGCAACGGUCCCAGCAGUACCCCGCCUUCGGGGGCCUCCCCUCGGACAACGACACAGCCCGGCUGGGCCUGGACUUCCAGAGGAUGCUACGCAUCAACCACAUGCUCUACAUCGCCGCCCGGGACCACGUGUUCGCUGUGAAUCUCAGCGCUUCGACGGAUCAGAUCGUGCCUCAGCAGAAGCUGACAUGGAAGACGAAGGACGUGGAGAAGUGCAUGGUGCGCGGGAAAAACAGCGAUGAGUGCUACAACUACAUCAAGGUCCUGGUGCCUCGAAACGACGAGACUCUUUUUGCCUGUGGGACCAACGCUUUCAACCCUACCUGCCGAAACUACAAGAUGUCCAGUCUGGAGCAGGAGGGGGAGGAGGUGGUGGGACAGGCCCGCUGCCCUUUCGAGUCCCACCAGUCCAACGUGGGCCUCUUCGCCGGGGGGGAUUUUUACUCGGCCACCAUGACGGACUUCCUGGCGAGCGACGCGGUGAUCUACCGCAGCCUGGGCGAGGGCAGUCCCGUCCUGCGCACCGUCAAGUACGACUCCAAGUGGCUCCGAGAGCCCCGCUUUCUGCACGCCAUCGAGUACGGGAACUACGUCUACUUCUUCCUGAGCGAGAUCGCCGUGGAGUACACCACCCUGGGCAAGGUGGUGUUCUCGCGGGUGGCGCGCGUGUGUAAGAACGAUAACGGCGGUUCCCCGCGGGUUCUGGAGCGGUACUGGACCUCGUUCCUGAAGGCGCGGCUCAACUGCUCGGUCCCCGGGGACUCGUUCUUCUACUUCGACGUUCUGCAGUCGCUAAGCAACGUGCUGCAGGUGCACGGCAGGCCCGCCGUCAUGGGCCUGUUCUCCACCCAGGCCAACAGCAUCACUGGCUCGGCGGUCUGUGCCUUCUACAUGGAUGACAUCGAGCGCGUCUUCAACGGCAAGUUCAAGGAGCAGAAGAGCAGCGAGUCGGCCUGGACCCCCGUCCCUGAGGACCAGGUGCCCAAGCCCAGACCGGGGACCUGUGCGGGGGAUGGCCCCGCCUCCUCCUUCAAGUCCUCCACCUCCUUCCCCGACGACGUGCUGGUCUUCAUCAAGUCCUACCCCCUGAUGGACGAGGCAGUGCCCUCCAUCGGCGACCAGCCCUGCUACACCCGCACCACCAGCAGGUACAAGCUGACCCAGAUCGCCGUGGAUACCUCAGCCGGACCGUACCGGAACCACACGGUUCUGUUCCUGGGGUCCGACGACGGGAAGGUGCUGAAGGUUCUGGCCAACAACCAUCCCAACGCCACCUUCAGCUCCCAACUACUGGAGGACAUGGACCUGUACAACCCCUCCAAGUGCAACCUCCACGGGGAGGACAGGAGGAUUCUGGGAUUGGAGCUGGACAAGGAGAACCACGCCCUGUUUGUGGCGUUCUCCAGCUGUGUGAUCCGUGUGCCUCUCAGCCGCUGUGCGGACUACAGCGCCUGCAAGAGGAGUUGCCUGUCCUCUCGUGAUCCGUACUGCAUUUGGCUGAAAACGGGCAGCUGUGCCACCUCUGCACCCGGAUUCAAGGCCGGGUUCGAGCAGGACGUCGAGAGCAGCCAGACAGAGUACGCCGACAGCUGUCACGAUGUCCUGGCGACCACACGCAGGCAGAACACGGCCGCCGACUCCGCCUACGGUGUCCGUCGGCUGCCCGACGGCGACCGGUCGAGCUACAGCGUGCACUACACCCUGCUGAUCGCCUGCGUGCUGGUGGCCUUCGUGUUGGGCGCCUUCCUCUCGGGCUUCCUGGUCUCCUGCUACUGCAGCCGGGGCAGCCACCGGACCAAGCGCCUGGGGAAGGAUUCGGAGGCCCCCCUGCCCCACGCCCUGUCUCUGCGCAGCCUGGCCAAGCUCAACGGCCUGCUGGACCCCCAGGCCAAGGAGGACAAGAUGGAGGUGUCUCCUCCUGCCCCUCCGGGACUCUACAACUCCUUCAUCCCCAACGGGAAGGAGAUCCCCCACGGAGGGAAGUGCCUGUCCGGGCCCGGCGACGACGACCGUCGCCACAGCAACCACCACCUCUACCACGCCGACCAUCACCACGGCAACCACCACCACCACCACCAUCACCACGGCGAGCAUCACCUCCACCACCAGCACGGCGACCAGUACCAGGAGAACUCAGAGGAGCUGUCGGGCCUGCCCACGCCGGACUCCACCCCCGAGCUGCCGAUCAAGAACAUGAAGGCGUUCCGCAGCCCGUGGGAGAGGAACCAGAACUGCAACAACGGGAAGGACCCCGGCCCCAACCCCCACUCCGCCGCGGGCCUGUCCCGGUCCGGCUCCUCCCUGUCCCAGCAGCUCUGCCCCUUCCCCGCGCACGGCCUGGCCAAUGGGCAGCUGCUGGGCGGCGGCGUGGGCGGGGCCUUCCACCCGGAGGACCGCCCCUACAAGGUCCCGAGCGCGGAGCGCGCGCCCUACCAGGGGUACCCCCACACGGUGGUGGACGUCUCCGCCCUGGACGAGCUCCUCAGGCACAUCCAGCAGGCCAACGCCACGGCCGUGGCCGGGGGCAACCCCAACGCCAACGACCUGGCGGUGCUGACCUCGUCCUCCGGGCUGCCCGCCUUCGCCGCCCGCGGGCCCCAGAUCCCGGAGACCGAGUCGGCCCCGUACUACAGCUCCACCACCCUGCCGCGGGACAGCCUGACCCGCCGGCUGGACGUCCCGCCCGAGGCCCCGGCCCAGUCCACCCUGGAGCGGCCGUCCCGCCAGAAGCACUCGCUCGUCAACGCCUCGAAGAUGUCCAACGGGGUCCCGCGGCAACACAGCUUCGGACACCCCCACCCCCACCACCACCCCCACCCCCACCCCCACCACCGCUCCGCGGGGCUGUCCCACCCGACGGGACCCCUGCUGGGGCGCGUCGGCUCGUCCGGCGUCCCCGGGGGCGACGGGCCUCACCACCCCCUCAUCCCCAACGGAUACCUGUCCCGCCAGCACAGCUACAGCGAGCAGAACCCCCCCACCCCGCGCGUCGCCAUCGUGAGGCGGAGCGCCUCGCUCAAACCCGACGUCCCGCCCAAGCCUCUCUUCCUGCCCGCCACCUCGCCCGUCAGCUCCCAGGGCAAGUACAACUACUGAGGGAGGGGCGAGACCACCCCUCCCCUCGCCCUGGGUCUCACCCCGUC